AUGGGGCGAGGCUGCAGUUCGGAGAAAGAGGAGGCCACGGCCUGGAACUUGCCAUUUGCUAAAACUCUCCAAAGCCGGUCCGUGGGCAGUCGUGCCUAUGGGCUUCAGCUAUCAGACACACCACCUGUUCCCUGGAGCAAAAAUAACCAUGACUGGAGUGAAAUAGAUAGUGAGCAGUUAAAUACUGCAGAGGAAACAGUUUACUUGAAAAAAAGGAAAAUGUGCAGAUACUCUGGAAAUAAUUUACAACAAAUCUACUUCAGUCACAUCCCCUCCCUGAAAUUACAAGCAUCUAAUUCCAUUUUGGUUGCCCUGACAUCCACGUUGCACAGACAGGUCCAGCAAGAACCAAGAAACCACACCACAGAACCUGUAAUAGAUGACUAUAAAAAGAUGGGGACUCUCUUUGGCGAACUGAACAAAAGCCUUAUCAGAAUAGGCUUCACAAGGAUGUACUUUGGAGAACGGAUAGUAGAACCUGUAAUAAUUAUAUUCUUCUGGCUGAUGCUCUGGUUUCUUGGCCUACAAGCUCUUGGACUGGUUGCUGUUCUGUGCCUUGUCAUUAUUUAUGUACAACAGUAAAAUUUUAUAGAUGCUGUUCAAAUUAUGUAUUUCAACACUGUCACUAUGUCAGUGGAUUUAUGUGUUUAGGUAAAUGGGUGGCAUAUCAAAAGCUGCAAUGCUUCGAAUUGCAUUUCACUGAACUUCCAACAUUUGGGGUGAGGGGUGCUAAAAUUAUGCAUAUUAAGCAAAGUCAGCAGUGCCCUACUACAUCUUUCAAGGGCAAAAAAGGAGAUGUUUGAAAUAGAAUGAUGUCCAAUGUACUGUUCUCAGCACUCUUGGGGCCUUAGUCCAAGGAUUGUCUUUUUGUUCCCCUCCCCCAAUGUUCUUGCUUUGUAUAGUGAAAAUUUCUUGUCUGGUUGUAAGAGAACACUUCAUGCAAGUGUCCUCUUUCACUGUUGGGGGGGGGCGCUUCUGUACUGUUUGUUCCCUGAAUCUGCAUAAUUUGCUAGGUUUUUGCUGAAAACCUAAAUCUGCACAAGGGAGGUUUGCUAACAAACCUACAAUGGCAAAUAUUCAUAAGGUGAAUACAACUUCCCAACACAAAAGCACCUUUGGUUAGUUUAGCUUAUAGCAAGCUUUCCCCCAGGAAACAAGUUAUGCCAGCAAAAUGCUUUUAUACUAAUACUAGUGACUUCACACAAGGCUUCAGCUGUUGUUUAGGAGGAAUCGCAGUCCUAUAUUGGCCAAAUGGUCUAAUGUAGCUCUGCCUUGUUUUUGGAAACAUACUCGGCUCCUACUGCUGUUUUUCUUUCUUUUGUUUUAUAUUUGCUCUUUCCCCCAGCCCUUGUUCUGAAGAUAAAUACUGGGAUAAAUAUUUGGAUAAUUCAUGGACUUCGUAGGUAGUUACAGCUGCAGUGUUGGAGAGUUGCCAUUCCAGACGGCAAUGCUAGAAUAUUGUCUGCUUCCUCUGGGUCGUGUGUGAACCAUCUGAACAACCAGAUAUGUAUCAGACCAGAUCUCUUAACGCUUCCCUUAUUUGCUGCAGCGUGGACCCAAUACAAGCUAGAAGCUUUGCAUACAUAAGCAAAUCAGACCUGUUUCCUCAUGCAAGGCAAGAAAGUAGUUGAAAUCAGGUGGUCAUUUUAUUUAGUAGUCUUAACUGGUUGAUUUCCACAUGUGGCAACAAAAAUGCAUAUCUAUAGGUGCAUAUCAUGCGCAACACAAAUCAGAGGAUAGGAUAUAUACAUUCAAGAGUAGGUGCAAAAUUCACUCUGGCUCCCUAGGAGCCACACCAGGGGUAUGUUGAAUAUUUCCAAGUUGAACCUGCUCGUUUAAAGCAAAACAGUAAAAUGAGACAGAAUCUUUACAAAAUAGGCUACCAAUUUAAUAUUUGCCCUACAUUACUUUCAGUAAGAAACUUAAUUGCAAAAUUGACUUCAUCUAUGGUGGAGUGCGAUUAUACAUUUAGUGAAAGAGAUAUAAUAGAAGAUGUGAAAUUUACAGAAAACUACUUAACCUUUUGCAGUGACUUUUUUCCUAAACAUUUUUAUACUAGCAGAGAUCAACAAUAGAUUAGUUGAAAAUGCUGUCUUAUCCAGAGACUUUUGAAGUUAAGGGGAGCUUCUUUGUGUUCCCAGUCCUGCAACUGGAUUCUGAAGGCUGAUUUUAUGCCUACAUGGAUCAUGUUGGUUGCUGGGCUCUAUUUCCAGGACCCUUGGCCCCAGUCCUUACAGAUUUUCCUAUUAGUGAAAUAAUUGUUAUUUAGGGCAGUGAACGUGAAGGCCCAGCUCCUCUAUAAAGCCUCUAUGUGCCUAUAAACGCCAUCUGUAGACAUGUCUCUGUGCUUUUCUAACGGAGGCGUAGUUACCUUCUGAGAAGCCAGGUCUCCUCUCCAGACCUUCACAUGAUCUUGGCUGUGGAUCCCAGAUGCUCUGCUGGACCGGCAGGGCUGCGGGCGAGUGGGACUGAGGCUCAGCUGUGUGUUUAGAUGGCAGCCGGCAUUGAGUGGCACCUUGUUAAAUAGUUACACUGGUGACAGGGAAAUGUUUGACAACAGAAGGUGAUCCUGGAUACAGGGGUUUCUUAUUCACAGCUGGAAGCCCCAGAGCAAACAGCAAGUACAGGCUGAACUCAGAGGCAGGAGCUCUGUACUCACAAGUGCCUAGGGGUAAACUUUAGUUUUGUUUCAAGAAACUCAGAAAGCAGAACAUCUGUUUACACCUUUGCAUCUUUGUAUAGAUAUAGUGGUGGGUUUAUGUGUAUUCUUCUCUUGUAUAAGGGCUGUACUACGAAAGCAUCUUGUCAUUUAAAAAAAAAAAAAAAUCCUUCCUUUCUUCCCACAGUCAAGUCACUGUUCAGAGGAUCUCAUCCAUUUCCUUUUGUCCUGUAGGAAGAAGUGUCUCUGUGAUAUCCUUGUGGCAGUAAUACUCUUGUGUAAAGAGACUGUGCUGUGAGAUGGCAUGUAUUAUUUCCUUGAAGUGGUGAUUUUGUUCUGUACAUAAGGAAUCGGGAACAAUGCAGCAAGGGUGUGACUGACAAGUUCAGUGAGGACAUUGUUUAUAUGCAUGUUACCUUUUAGUAUGUGCAUAACUAUGACUGUUUCACUCAAGAAGUCAUUUCAGUUGUUCUUUCAAUGUUCCAUGUUUGUAUACAGGUAGCUUUUGGAGUGUGUACAGUGAAUGAUUUAUAUGGUUUCUCUUAAGGGUAACUUAAUAACAUCUUGUCCUUCACAGAAGUUUUUCAUUUUUAAAAACCUGAAAAAAUAACCCUCCUAAUGGAGUUAGGUUGACUGAAAAUGAAAAAAGAAAAAUAACGUAUUGCAUGGAAGAUACCCCUCACCUGUUUGGUUUCAUACAUUCCAUUGUAUAUAAGAAUUUGCACUGAAUCAUCUGUCCUAAUUUUGUGCUAUUGCUAUGAUUUUCCUGUCAUUUGCAGGAAAGGAAAGAGCAGUCAAGGAAAAAAGGGGACUAGGACAGAAUCAGAUGGAAAGAGUUGGAAAAUGGAAUGCAGUGAAAUGAUGCAUAUGUGUGUCAAAAGAAAUCUGAUCAUAAAAGUGUGCCAAAAGUGAGAGGGGAAUGGGUGAACAGUCCUUGCAUUGUGUUCUUCCUUCCAUCCAGAUAUAGUUCCAAGGCAGAGGAAGCACCAAACAUUCAAAGGAUGUCCCUAGCUAAAAGGCAGGUGGUUAAUAUAUAAAAAAAGACAAUUUCACUGUUGUCUAUAUAGUAAAAAUUGAUAAUGUUAUUUAUAUUGGUAUAUGUGAUUAUUAUUGUUGAUAGAACUGAAAGCACCUUUAUGCAUCUGUGUGUA